UUCCCCUGUCUCCUCCCACAUCACUCACAGAGAUCCACACAGAUCAAAGAAAACUCAAAAAAAUGGCGUUGCUUGUUGAGAAAACCUCAAGUGGCCGUGAAUACAAGGUCAAAGACAUGUCUCAAGCCGACUUCGGCCGUCUCGAAAUCGAGCUAGCCGAAGUCGAAAUGCCUGGACUCGUCUCUUGCAUUACCGAGUUCGGACCAUCUCAGCCACUCAAAGGAGCAAGAAUCACCGGAUCACUCCACAUGACGAUCCAAACCGCCGUCUUGAUCGAAACCCUAACCGCUCUUGGCGCUGAAGUCAGAUGGUGUUCUUGCAACAUCUUCUCAACUCAAGACCACGCCGCGGCCGCCAUCGCUCGUGACUCCGCCGCUGUGUUCGCUUGGAAAGGUGAGACUCUUCAAGAGUAUUGGUGGUGUACGGAGAGAGCUCUUGACUGGGGUCCCGGUGGUGGUCCUGAUCUAAUCGUUGAUGACGGUGGUGAUGCUACUCUCUUGAUCCAUGAGGGUGUUAAAGCUGAAGAGAUCUUUGAGAAGACUGGUACGUUCCCUGACCCGACGUCUACUGAUAACCCCGAGUUUCAGAUCGUGUUGGCGAUUAUCAAAGAAGGUCUUCAAGUUGAUCCUAAGAAGUACCAUAAGAUGAAGGAGAGAUUGGUUGGUGUCUCUGAGGAAACUACCACUGGUGUUAAGAGGCUUUAUCAGAUGCAGGAGACUGGAGCUCUCUUGUUCCCUGCCAUUAACGUCAAUGACUCUGUCACCAAGAGCAAGUUUGACAACUUGUAUGGAUGCCGACACUCGCUACCCGACGGUCUCAUGAGGGCUACUGAUGUUAUGAUUGCCGGAAAGGUUGCUGUUAUCUGUGGUUAUGGUGAUGUUGGAAAAGGUUGUGCUGCAGCCAUGAAGACCGCUGGUGCUCGUGUCAUUGUGACUGAGAUUGAUCCAAUCUGUGCCCUUCAGGCUCUUAUGGAAGGUAUCCAAGUUCUAACUCUUGAGGAUGUUCUCUCAGAAGCUGAUAUCUUUGUUACCACAACUGGAAACAAAGAUAUUAUUAUGGUUGACCACAUGAGGAAGAUGAAGAACAAUGCCAUUGUCUGCAACAUUGGUCAUUUUGACAACGAAAUCGACAUGUUAGGGCUCGAGACCUACCCUGGUGUGAAACGUAUUACCAUCAAGCCGCAGACUGAUAGGUGGGUGUUUCCAGACACCAAGUCAGGCAUCAUUGUUCUAGCUGAAGGUCGUUUAAUGAACUUGGGAUGCGCAACUGGACACCCUAGUUUCGUGAUGUCGUGUUCGUUCACCAACCAGGUGAUUGCACAGCUUGAGCUCUGGAACGAGAAGUCGAGCGGGAAGUACGAGAAGAAGGUGUAUGUUUUGCCUAAGCACUUGGAUGAGAAGGUAGCUGCACUUCACUUGGGCAAGCUAGGUGCAAGACUCACCAAGCUUAGCAAGGACCAAUCUGACUAUGUCAGCAUACCCAUUGAAGGUCCUUACAAGCCUGCUAACUACAGGUACUGAGAAGAUUAAAGAGCCGAGCAUUGAUUGGUUCUUCUUACACCAAGGGGUUUGUAUGGUUUUAUGAUUAAGCCGUUUGUUGGCAAUUGUUUGAGUCCGGUCGGAUCUGGUCUGGUCUGGUCGGGGUAAUAUGAGAUAUUGGUCCUUUGAUGAAGGUGGCCAAGUAUUGGUAUGAAUAAGGGGGUUGUUCUUGGUUUGAAAGGCUGUUUUUUGUUUUUUUUUUGGUUUUCUUCCAUUUCUACUUUUAUAUAUCUCAACUAAACUUAGCUUUUGUUAUACAUUGUUAGGCUUAUUUAUGCUUUGUUCUGUUUACUUUUCGAACAAGGGAGAAAACAAAAAUAUGCAAAGCUAUUUUCUACUUCA